AUGUCAUCCACAUUAACAUUAUCCAAUAACAACAUCGAUCCUUUUAUGCAAUCGCAACAACAACAACAACGUCGUCCACGUCCAAGGAAACGACCCACACACCCUGAUCGACAUAGAGACACUUUUGAACUACUGCAGGCUAUGAUUGACGAAAACAAUCGAAUACAGCAGCAGGAUCAUGAAGCAAUGCUACGUGACGUUCCAGAUAUUGUGGUGAUGCGACGAUCUUCCUCCUCGUCAUCAUCAUCAUCAUCCCAUCACCACCAUAGCAGUGAUCGACCCAGCAUCCUUGCUACCACCAAAGCCAACAAGUCAACACAAUCAGUGCGUUUUGCAGCUGACGUUAUCGUCAGUCCGCCACCAUCACCAACCACAGCAACAACCACAACCACCAAUAACUCAAAUACCAAACCUCCUCGUCGACGUUCCACAACAAUAGCAAAACUUCGGAGCUUCUUGCAUCUCAAUUGA